GCACGUGGGGAGAAUAGGGGGCGCCCAUGUGACCGGCCUUUCUCCUCCCAAGCCGUCUCUGCCCGACUCCCCUCCUCAGCACUCAGGCGGUGCGAAGAGGAGUGCCCGGCAGAUUUUUGUUCCGUAGGCAUCCAGGGCGCCGCCAUCACCGCCGUGACAGGGACCGGGCAUCAUGGCUUCUGGAGUAACAGUGAAUGAUGAAGUUAUCAAAGUUUUUAAUGACAUGAAAGUACGAAAAUCUUCGACGCCAGAAGAGAUUAAAAAAAGAAAGAAAGCAGUUCUCUUCUGCUUAAGUGGUGACAAAAGACAAAUAAUUGUAGAAGAAUCAAAGCAGAUACUGGUUGGUGACAUUGGCGACACAGUAGAGGACCCAUACACGUCCUUUGUGAAGCUGUUACCUCUGAAUGAUUGUCGAUAUGCUUUGUAUGAUGCGACAUAUGAAACAAAGGAGUCAAAAAAAGAAGACCUGGUAUUUAUAUUCUGGGCUCCAGAAAGUGCCCCUUUAAAAAGCAAGAUGAUCUACGCAAGUUCUAAAGAUGCCAUUAAAAAGAAAUUCACAGGUAUUAAACAUGAGUGGCAAGUAAAUGGCUUGGAUGAUAUUAAAGAUCGUUCAACGCUUGGAGAGAAACUAGGAGGCAACGUGGUAGUUUCACUUGAAGGAAAACCAUUAUAAAAGGACAGACAAGUGCCAUCUGGAGCUUCCAUUUCUGCAGCUCAUUCAAUUGGAAUAGCAUUAGUCCCUUUUACCUCACCUGCCUGGACCCUGCACACCUGAAGGAGAUACCAUUAAAUUAAACAGUCUACCAUUGAUUGCCAUUAGACUGUUUUUAAACCUGAUAGUUUAGUGUAGAACCCAAGGAAUACGUUUACAUCGUACUUUUAGACAAAAUGUACGAUGUGGUAUUCUUUGAAAAUGUGUAGAAGGAAUGUGAUAGUUGAUGUGGAUAGUCUAGCCAAGCAAUAAAAGGUUUAAGCUAAUUGACUGCCUUUAAAGUAUUGUCCAAUGGUAGACACUAUUCAGUAUUAUUUACAGUUGCACUCGAUUGCAGUUCCAUGAGGCUCCUGUGCAUUCAGACACCUCGCCUGCCUUGAUAAGCCUUUUUUUUGUGACAUGGCAGCACACAAUACUAUGCAUUUGAAGCACUUUUUUUGUAAUGUUUGAUUCUCUCUCCCAUUGCCAAUUAAGUUUCUGUAAUUGUUUCAUCAAAUUAUUGUAGUACCUCAGACUUCAUUCCUGUCACUUGCAUAUCUUUAUAAAUGAAGUAGCUAUUAGGAUGCCUUUUGGUGUUGAAUGUACACUACUGAACAGGAGUAGGAACCGUGUCUACCCUGAAGGUUUUGCAACACUAAAGAUGUUUCGUAAAACACCCGUCAUAACGGCAAUUUCUGUAUUUAAAAAAUAAGAGCCUUAAAUGGAACGCUGUUUUUGAGAUCAGAUUUAUUGGCCACAUUGCAAUAAAACUUGUGGCUUAUUA